GCAAGAGAAUGGAAUGAGAUACACUCACACGCGCAAAGCAGUUGGAAUCACAGGUGGAUCCAAUUCCGAGCACCGUCGCCGUGGCGUCAUCGCCCAAUUCCCCGCCCCCGGCCUAGCACCCAGUUCUGAAUUCCUCCACAUCUCCAUCGCCCCGGCAGGAACAUCCCAUGCACCGCAGGCGUCUCCCCUAUAAAACCCCGUCUAGUCCCCCGCCCUGAUGGCACCGGCGCACACACGGCGGAGAAUUCAUCGAUCGAGUCAAUUCGCCCGCUUCUCCGCGCCCCUGCUAGCCUGCUUAAAAUCAGCAACUGAAUACUCAGCGUGUGACACUCUGGCUGCACGCCUGCACAAUCAGUACAGACCCAGGUCACCCGGCCAAGUACAAUUGUACAUCUUGCGGAGUGGGCAUAUUUCUAUUGCUGGAGAGAGACUUAGUUGAGCACUUUUUUUACAGUUUUUGCGGCUGAAAUGCCGGAUGCUUUGCUGCAAAAAGAAGCAGUGAGUGCCUGAUUUCCAUAGUUCCAUGGGGAUGUCUUAAUCAUGAAUUCAUGUCCAGAUCCCUCAAAGAUCAGUCCCUAACACCUUUCUCUCAGCAUCAGCAAGGGUGUGAUUCUGAAGGGAGAUUUAGUCGAGCAGGAUGAAUGCAUUGGCAGCAACCAGCAGGAACUUCAAGCAGGCAGCUAAGCUGCUGGCCCUCGACUCCAAGCUGGAGAAGAGCUUGCUCAUCCCGUUCCGGGAGAUCAAGGUUGAAUGCACAAUCCCAAAAGAUGAUGGGACUUUAGCGUCCUAUGUUGGUUUUAGGGUUCAACAUGACAAUGCUAGGGGACCUAUGAAGGGUGGAAUCAGAUACCACCAUGAGGUUGAGCCUGAUGAGGUCAAUGCCUUGGCACAACUAAUGACAUGGAAAACAGCUGUGGCCAACAUACCGUAUGGAGGAGCUAAAGGUGGAAUAGGAUGCAAUCCUGGAGAACUGAGCAUCUCUGAGCUUGAGCGGCUUACCCGAGUUUUUACUCAGAAAAUCCAUGACUUGAUUGGCAUCCAUACUGAUGUUCCAGCUCCAGAUAUGGGUACCAACUCACAGACAAUGGCAUGGAUACUUGAUGAGUACUCAAAGUUCCAUGGUUACUCACCUGCUGUGGUGACAGGAAAGCCUGUUGACCUUGGAGGCUCAUUGGGAAGAGAUGCAGCUACCGGAAGGGGAGUUCUGUUUGCUACUGAAGCUUUGCUUGCAGAGCAUGGUAAAGGCAUUGCAGGCCAGCGUUUCGUUAUACAGGGAUUCGGUAAUGUUGGUUCCUGGGCAGCUCAACUGAUCACUGAAGCUGGUGGCAAGGUGAUUGCUAUCAGUGAUGUCACAGGCGCUGUCAAGAACGUCAACGGCCUUGACAUCGCCCAGCUAGUGAAGCACUCGGCGCAGAACAGAGGGAUCAAGGGCUUCAACGGAGGAGAUGCGAUCGAUCCAAACUCACUGCUCACUGAAGAGUGCGAUGUCCUCAUCCCGGCAGCACUUGGGGGAGUCAUAAACAAGGAUAAUGCUAACGAUAUUAAAACAAAGUACAUCAUUGAGGCUGCCAAUCACCCCACAGACCCUGAGGCAGACGAGAUCCUGUCAAAGAAAGGCGUUCUCAUCCUGCCCGACAUACUCGCGAACUCUGGUGGCGUCACGGUGAGCUACUUCGAGUGGGUUCAGAACAUCCAGGGGUUCAUGUGGAACGAGGAGAAGGUGAACGCGGAGCUCCGGACGUACAUGACGCGCGCCUUCGGGGACAUGAAGCAGAUGUGCCGGAGCCACAACUGCGACCUCCGCAUGGGCGCCUUCACCCUUGGCGUCAACCGCGUCGCGCGCGCCACCGUCCUCAGGGGAUGGGAAGCCUGAUCAAGAUCACAUCUUCAUACCAUGCCUUGUGUCUCUGUGUCCUCUCGCGCGUUUUUCUCGAGCCUAAUUUUUCUUUUGGUUAUUGAUCAACGGGAGGUUUGAGAAAAACAAGUUCAGUUAAUAAUUUCAUGAAGUGUGUAUCUCUUAUUAGAGAUCAAUUGAGGGAAAAAACAGAAGUAAUAAAUCUGUAAUUCAUAGAUGAGAUGCUUGUUGGUUUGCAAGCUGCAAUGCAAUAUGGUUUCUUUUGCAAGAA